UCAAUCUGAAGUGAAUAUAAUCGCAGUGACAGGCUCACAUCUUCCUCCUCCUCCUCCUCCUCCUCCGUUAUCCGCCGGUCACCCACAUGAGCGCGAGACCGCUCGGAAAUACCGCGUGAGACCGGAGGGAUUAACCGGCGAAAACUACAAGAAAACACGAACUACGAAAACAAGCCGCUGGUAAUGUCGUGUUAAAGAUGGGUGUGUUCGGGGAAUAGAAGAAAGAAAGAAAGAAAGAAAGAAAGAAAGAAAGAAAGAAAUCAGGAAAUCAGGACGAGCGAACGGAGCAGAAGACACAUUUACAGAUUAGAUAUUUGCUUUCAUACGUGUGUGACGUACAGUAGAUCCAGGUGUAUUAGGAUGCCAAUCCCCAAUCUUUCUGGGUAAACGGACAACACUGUUCUGUCGUGUCACUGGAGAAGCACACACACACAAGCUGAAGAUCAAGUACAGCAUGGGAGCCAACAGAGCCAGCAGGUACUGCAUCGUGUCUCCUGAUGAGGAGGGACUGAAGAUCUCCACCCUCGGCCUCCACAACGGCCACGGCUCCGGACGGCUUCACUCCCCCGGUGGAGAGGCGAGCCCAAGCACGGCAUCAGCGCUGAUGAGGACCGGCUACAAUGGGAAGAUCUCCACAUCUGGCCGAGGCCAGCUACGCUCCCGCUUCGUCAAGAAGAACGGCCAGUGCAACGUGGUCUUCGCCCACAUGGACGACAAGCCGUGGCGGUACCUGGCGGACAUCUUCACCACGUGCGUGGACACCCGCUGGCGCUACCUGCUGAUGAUCUUCUGCUCCACAUUCCUGUUCUCCUGGCUCGUGUUUGGCCUGAUCUUCUACAGUGCGUCUUUAGCGCACGGCGACUUAAGUCAAGAUCGCGGAAGCAGCGGAAAGCCGUGGAAACCGUGUUUGCUGCACGUCGAGGGUUUCGUCGGCACGUUCCUGUUCUCAGUCGAGACCCAAACCACAAUUGGUUACGGCUGGCGCUGCGUGACCGAAGAGUGUCCCGUAGCUAUCGUAACAGUGGUGGUGCAAUCCAUCGUUGGGUGCAUCAUCGACUCCUUCAUGAUUGGCACCAUCAUGGCCAAAAUGGCACGUCCGAAGAAGCGAAACCAAACCUUGCUGUUUUCGCAUAACGCAGUGAUCGCGUUGCGAGACGGGAAGCUGUGUUUAAUGUGGCGUGUUGGGAACCUUCGGCGGAGCCACAUCGUUGAAGCCCAUGUUCGAGCGCAGCUCAUCCGCCCCUAUGUGACGGCGGAGGGCGAGUUCAUCCCGCUGGAGCAGACCGAUUUGAAUGUGGGCUACGACGAAGGCACAGACCGCCUGUUCCUGGUGUCGCCGCUAGUAAUCGUGCAUGAAAUCGACGAGGACUCACCUCUGUGGGGGAUGAGCCGUGCGGAUCUGGAGUCCGAUGAUUUCGAGAUCGUAGUGAUCCUGGAGGGAAUGGUGGAGGCGACGGCAAUGACCACGCAAACGCGUAGCUCGUACCUGUCCCGCGAGAUCCUGUGGGGUCACCGCUUCGAGCCGGUCAUCUUUGAGGACCACGACCGUUACCAGGUGGAUUACGCGCACUUCCACAAGACCUACGAGGUUCCCUCGACGCCCGCCUGCAGCGCUAAGGAGCUGAGCGAACGGACCGGGCGCCGCUCAUCCGGGUCGUCCCGCUCCGUGACGCUACUCCCGCCGCACUCACCCAGCACCUUCUGCUACGAGAACGAGGUGGCGCUGUGCUGCGGAGAGGACGAGGACGAGCUGGAGGUCGCUCCCACAGACUUACAGAAGAUGUUCCAGGAUUCGGCCACAAUGACCUCCGGAAACAACAUGCUCUGCGUGUUAGACAUGGACAACCAGAUCGAGUUUGACAUCCUGCAGACUGCAUUACCACUCGACCCCAUGACUUAUAAGAACGAAUCCGAGAUAUGACGUUCCCACAAGUACAUGCGUUUAUUUAUACAUAAAUGU